AUCGCUCUUUGCUCGAUCACCUCACUCAGUUCACGGGGCAGGAUCCAAGAAAAAGCAGCCAUGCAGCAGGUUGCGAUCGACAGGGUGGCCAUGCCCGCUGCCGGGCGCAUUGGCACCGCCAAAUGCAGCAGCUUCAAGCAGAGUGUGCGGGGCACUCGUCUGCAGCAGCACAAGGCCCGCAGGGCGGCGGGUCAACCCGGGUUGCUGCAGCUGGGGGCCGUCCAGGCAGUGGCGGCGCCAGAGCGCGGCGCCGAGGCCGCCUCUGCCCACUCCCAGACCAACAGUGUCAUGGCUGUGAUCCUGGGUGGCGGCGCCGGCACCCGCCUGUACCCGCUGACCAAGAACCGUGCAAAGCCCGCGGUGCCCAUCGGCGGCGCAUACCGCCUGAUUGAUGUGCCCAUGAGCAACUGCAUCAACAGCGGCAUCUCCAAGAUCUACAUCCUCACCCAGUUCAACUCCACCUCCCUCAACCGCCACCUGGCCCGCACCUACAACUUUGGCGCCAGCGGCGUGCGGUUUGGUGGCGAGGGCUUUGUGGAGGUGCUUGCGGCCACGCAGACGCCCACAGACAAGGAGUGGUUCCAGGGCACGGCCGACGCGGUGCGCCAGUAUGCCUGGCUGUUCCGCGACAUCAAGAACCGCAACGUGGAGGACAUUGUGAUCCUGUCGGGAGACCACCUGUACCGCAUGGACUACAUGAAGUUUGUGGACCACCACCGCGCCACCGGCGCCGACGUCACCAUCGGCUGCCUGCCCGUGGACGCCACCCGCGCCUCCGACUUUGGGCUGAUGAAGAUCGACAACGAGGGGCGCAUCACCGAGUUUGCGGAGAAGCCCAAGGGGGAGGCGCUGGAGAAGAUGCGGGUGGACACCACCGUGCUGGCCUUGAGCCCGGCCGCCGUUAAGCAGCAGUCUUUCUCCGCCUCCAUGGGCAUCUACGUGUUCAAGAAGAGCCUCAUGCUGGAUUGGCUGGACGUGAACAAGACCAGCCAUGACUUUGGCGGCGAGAUCAUCCCGCAGACGGCCAAGGACCACAAGGUGAUGGCCUACCUGUUCAACGGCUACUGGGAGGACAUCGGCACCAUCGAGUCCUUCUUCAACGCCAACCUGGCACUGACGCACAACCCCCCCAACUUCCAGUUCCACGACCCCCAGGGCCCCAUCUACACCUCCCCACGCUUCCUGCCCCCCGCCAAGGUCAUCAAGAGCAAGCUGACCGACGCCAUUGUCAGCCACGGCUCCUACCUGCGCGAGUGCAACGUCAACCACGCCAUCAUCGGCCUGCGCUCGCGCAUCAACGAGGGGGUCACCAUCCAGGACGCCAUGAUCAUGGGCUGCGACUACUACGAGAGCGACGCGCAGCGCGCGGCGCUCAUGGAGGCGGGGGGCGUGCCCAUGGGCAUCGGCGCGGGCUCCACCCUGCGCAACGUGAUCGUGGACAAGAAUGCCCGCAUCGGCGACAACGUGCAGAUCAUCAACAAGGAGGGGGUGCAAGAGGCGGCGCGGGAGGAGGAGGGCUACUUCAUCCGCUCGGGCAUCGUGGUGGUGCUGCGCAACCAGACCAUCCCCUCGGGCACCAUCAUCUGAGAUGGCUGGCGGCCUGGCGAGGACGCUUUUGUGGCGCCCCAGCGGCCUGAAACUCAAGACCUCCAGCGUGUGCUCCGCCCAAGCUGCCGCGUGCUGCAGCCGGCUGCAUGGCCGGCCGCGCGGGCUGGGCCGCGCGUCCCCCCAGCAUUUCAUUCCUGGCUCCGCAUCAUGGCACUAGUUUCAUUUUGCAAGCCUC